CCGCCCUCCCUCUGCUUGUCAGGAAGGAAGCUGAUUGGCCGAGGCCUAGCAAAGGGUGCCCGGGGAUCCAAAACUGCAGGCCGCACUUAGCUUACCGUCAAAAAUAAACCAAAACAAUAACAGACAAAACUGAGAAGGGGGAGAAACACCGAUAGAGUCAGAAGACGACGCUAUCAGAGGGAUUGAUUGAUUUACCUUGAUGGGAGAAAGCACAUCAAAUACCCCAUUGGUUGCAUUCUAAGGGUAUUGUCAUCAAAUGUGACGUAUUUUUCUAGAGUAAAAACAUGGAUCAAGGAGGAGGGGUGUUGGAGCUGCACACUCAGGAGCUGAAGAUGCCCCACGCUAUGAUCAUGCAAGACUUUGUUGCAGGAAUGGGGGGUCUUGCUCACAUUGACGGCGAGCACAUCGUGGUGUCUGUGCCCGAGGGGAUGCUUCUUUCUGAUGUGAUGACGGACGAGGGCAUCCUCUUGGAGCAUGAACUUGAGGUGGAAUGCCUAGAGACUCAGGUGGUUCACGGCCUCGACACCGAGGUGGUCGAAGAACUGGAGACUGAGGUGGUGGAGAGCUUGCAUGCAGACGUUGACUGCUUGGAGGCAGAAGUCGUGGACGGGCUACAGACGCAUGUCGUGGAGCUGGAGGCUCAGGUCGUUGAUGGCCUAGACGACGAGGUGGAAGUGGUGGGUCUGGAGGCGCACGUGGUGGAGGGCCUGGAAACUGAGGUAGAUGUUGAGGACAUGGAGGCUCACAUUGUUGAGGGCCUCGAGGAAGAGGUGGAAGUGGACGGUUUGGACGCUGAGGUUGUUGAAGGCCUGGAGGUGGACGUCGAAAGCCUGCAGUCUCAGGGGGUAGAAGCCCAUGAGAUUACCACUGAAGACAUGGUGUCCUCGGAACACAGUGUGAUUAUGCCUGACAAUAUUCUGGGCUCUGAGGUUGCAAUAGAGGAUGAUCUGGACCCCCAUCAUCAUCACCACCACCACCAUCAUCAUCAUCACCACCAUCAGAUACUAACUUCGGACCUCAUCCAAGUCUCAAACCACCACCACCAUGAGAUGCCGGACCAGGUGUUUGUGGCAGAGCUACUUUCUGAGCACCAGGACAACACUCUGGACCACCAGCUUGUGUCUGAGGGCUUGAUGGUGGCAGAGGCCAACUCCGAGAACAUAAUCCACCAACAGCUGCCAGCUGAGGCGGUUACCCUGCAGACGGACGAGGAUGAUGAUGCAAGAAGCAGCUCUGAGGAUUACCUCAUGAUCUCCUUGGACGAGGUGGGAGAAAAACUUGACAUAGGAGACACUCCCCUGGAGAUGAGCACGGAGGUAAUGGAAGACAAGGAAUGUAAAGAGGAGGUCAUCAAAGUCUACAUUUUCAAAGCUGAAGCAGAUGACGAUUUGGGUGGAACAGAGGUUAUAACAGAGGACGAUUACCAGAAUGGCCACCCUGACCUGGAAGCUGCAUCAUCAGGCCGCCUCGGAGUUGGCCGUGACAAGAUGGUCUACAUGGCAGUCAAGAACCAUACAAAAGAAGAGGAAGAUGAGGAUGAGGAUGACAGCGAUGAGGAUGACGAUGAUGACAUCAGUGCCACCAUUGAUCAGGUGAAGAAUGGUGCUGCCAGUCCGUUCCUUCAAAUCCGAGAGGGGCUGAGUGCCAACCGUGUCCUCAAACCCAAACUUAGGAAAAAGAAGAAAGGGGAUACACGACAGUGUCAGACUGCUGUUAUAAUUGGGCCAGACGGUCUGCCUUUGACCGUCUACCCCUGCCACCUAUGUGGUAAGAAGUUUCGCUCAAGAGGCUUCCUCAAAUGCCACAUGAAGAACCACCCGGACCACAUGCUUAAAAAGAAGUACCAGUGUACAGACUGCGACUUCACCACCAACAAGAAGAUCAGUUUCCAUAACCACCUGGAAAGCCACAAGCUGCUGAGUCACAACAAUGAGCGCUCUCCGGAAUACAGCGAGUACACCCGGCGCUACCACGAGUCCAGCCCCUUGGGCUCCGACAAGCUCAUCGUCAAGGACCGGGAGCCCAAGCUGCAUCCGUGCAAGUACUGCGACUACGAGACGGCGGAGCAAGGCCUGCUCAACCGUCACCUGCUGGCCGUGCACAGCAAGACCUUUGCGCACGUGUGCGUGGAGUGCGCCAAGGGCUUCCGCCACCCGUCGGAGCUGAAGAAGCACAUGCGGACCCACACGGGGGAGAAGCCCUACCACUGCCCGCACUGCGAGUUCCGCUGCGCCGACCAGUCCAACCUAAAGACUCACAUAAAGAGCAAGCACGGCGCCGAUCUGCCUUUCAAGUGCAGCCACUGUCCCCAAGCCUACGCCGACGCCCGGGAGCUCCAGCGCCACGUGGAGAUGGUGCAAGGCCACAAGACCCACCAGUGCCCCCACUGCGAGCACAAGAGCACCAACUCCAGUGACCUGAAGCGGCACAUCAUCUCCGUUCACACCAAGGACUUCCCCCACCAGUGUGACGUGUGCGAGAAGGGCUUCCACCGGCCCUCGGAGCUGAAGAAACACGCGGAGACACACAAGGGCAACAAGGUGCACCAGUGCCGCCACUGUAACUUCACGGCCCCGGACACCUUCACGCUGAGCCGCCACAUCCUGUCCCUGCACACCAAGGACCUCCCCUUUAAGUGCAAGCGCUGCCGGCGAGGCUUCCGGCAGCCCGCCGAGCUGAAGAAGCACAUGAAGACGCACAGCGGCAGAAAGGUUUAUCAGUGCCAGUACUGUGAGUAUAACAGUACGGACGCUUCCGGCUUCAAACGCCACGUCAUCUCCAUUCACACGAAGGACUACCCCCACCGCUGCGACUACUGCACCAAGGGCUUUAGGAGGCCCUCGGAGAAGAGCCAGCACAUAGCCCGGCAUCACAAAGACAUGUUGAUGUAACGCCGCCGCGCACACAAACACACUCCUUCUUUCCCGAGUAAAUCCGUUUCACAAACCCAGAGGUAAUUUUAGUGUAUUAAUAACAAAGACGCUGACGCUGUUGAUGAAGGUGGCGACGUUGUUAUUGCCGUUGCGUGUUCGGUGUCGUUGUAGGUGUAAACCUCCUCCCACCCGAGGUCAUGCAAGAACACAUUUUAGAUGGGGACUAAAAAAAAAAAAUGACAAUGUGCACACUGAGUGGGACAGCUGUAAAUUUGCGUUUGGUUUUGUUGCAGAAAAUCACAUAUGAACAUAUAUUCAGGGUCUCAAAUGUCUAUAUUUUUAUACCCACUCAGCUGAAUUGCUGCGAGACGACUGCGUCCUGUAAAACAGAAAGUGGUGCUUUGUGACCGUCAUGCCAGUUGUUCAGAUGAUGUGGAAUGAGCACCGGAGGAGUUUGCCUCCAUAGUACCACCUAGUAUCUCUUUUCCCUAUUAACCAGCUUUUAUCCUGACAUUUUUUUUCCAAUGCCAUCUGGUCUUUAAGGGGCGGGGCCAUUCAUGACUUCAGAAGUGGGUUUGAGUGAUGUUGACGCACCUUAAAAAGAUAAUUCAUUCAAUCAAAACAGUUUAACUUCCAUCAUUUUUGGAUUUUCCUGCCAAGUCUGAACACUUGGAGUUCAAUUAAAUUAAUCAUGUAUAAUAUAGACUGUGUUCUGUUAAAUAUGUCUUAAUAGUUCAUUCAGAAACCUGUUCUGGUCCCAUCAGCAGUGUCUAAUCGACGGUGCCUAACAAGGAGGAGAAAUGGUCUGGUUGGUAUAUUAGUAUAAUAAAAUAUCCCUUUAGUGCGCGCAGCCCGCUUCACAGAUACCUGCCACGAAGGGCCCACAGCUCACAGGUGUUUUGGUGCGUGAACGUGACAGAUGGUUGGCUUUGCGUUCUGAUGACUCCUGAAUUGGUUACAUCUCACUAGCACUGUAAGUAGCGUACGUGAGGUGUUACCUAUGGCACAGGUGUGCUCUCUCAGUUAACCAUUUGAUUGCAAUCAUGCCUUACAUCUUUUGGUCUUUAUCUCUUAAUUAAGCACUGAUGAACACAGCAAAACAGAAAAUAAGGGAUUUUUAACUCUCAAAAAUGCUGCCUCAAAACGUUUCUCUGAGAGAUUGUGUGUUGAGUCAGUAGAAAGCACUUUAAUAAAAAGAAAUGUUUUGCAUACUAAUUACGCGUGUGUACAUAUAUAUAGACAUAGCUGUAUAUCUAUAUAUAUGUUCACCCUAUAGAUAAUAAACAACUACAGAGUUUUGUAAGGAUUGGUAAAGGUAAAGAUUGUUAUCUCUAGCAAGUGGGCACGAUCCAUCACUGCAUCAGAACUAAAUUGUCAUUGGAAGUGGAGGGUGAACCAUUUAUUGUUUUGUUCUAUGGAAAAGUGAUUUGGUUUGGUGUUUUGUUUUGUGCUCACUAACCAGUUUCCCAGAGCGUCGUCCUGCAGUCCUGAAUAAUCAAACCCCAUCCCAAACACGGGAUUCUUCCCUUGGUGUCAUUGGUCAUCAUAUCGGCAUUAGUCUUUAAAGUAUGCACAUAUGCUGUCUCCAUGAAAUUCAUUGUGGUAUAUAUUAAAAAUUCCCCGCAUUUAG